GCGACCCGCUCCCAUCCCCUACCCUGCUUCCGGGAAUACGUCGUAUUCUUGCGGCAUUCGAACCAUUGAGCAAUCUCAUUUGAAGACGAAUUUGCCGCCCUCGUGCCCUCGCGGGCUCCGGUACGCGUCAGAGCCUCGAGAACAAGGAGACAUAUACAUAUGCUGCUAUGGUAUUGGUCCAGGGCCCUAGUAUUCACUUGCUGGCUCGUGCUCCUAGGAAAAGCUGGGAUUCCGUUUUCCCGUGUAUGUAUUCGUAAGGCGUAUAACGCUCUGCGCUAUAAGGAGAGAAAGGGCAUUGUGUUGUAUUGCGCGUCGGGCUGCCGUCGAAGGAAGCUUGCUGGCACACGGGCGACAGGUUGGUUUUUCCCCCCACCCCCCCCCCUAUAAAGUAACAUUUCGUGUCCUAGGACAAGCUCAUCCCAGGUCAUCGGUGGUUGUGCCCAUGGC